UUAAUUUUCGACCACCGCUCUCUCACGAUUUAACUCAUGUGUCGACGUACAGAGACAAUGAAUCAGCAACUACAGCGAAAGCUCCCGUGGAAAGUCAAUAUUUAUUGGUCGAUUAAUGGAAUUUCAAAAACUGUCAUGCAACACAUUUCUAUUAUUUUUGCAAAAUUAGUUAUAUGUGGCUUUUUCUGUAUCCUAUCAGCGUCAGACAAUAUAUUAGAAAUGUGUUACCCCUUUGGAAUAGUGUGCAUGAAUUGACACGCUAAUUAAGUGUUCUAAUACUCUGUAAUUACAUAAGUAUGACACCAACCGCACCCGUUAUUCUCUUGCCGUAAGCAAAAAUAAGAUAGAAACGAGUUUUGUUCAAGUAUUACUUUUUUUAUGAAACCUAUCUUUCGGAAAUGUAAGUGAAACUGGAAGUUUUGUGUCUUGAUACCAUGAUUCAUGAGCGCUGAGGAGCAGAGAGACUGAAGGUGUGAGAUCCAUGUGGUCAGACUGGUUGGGCGGCUCGAGUAAUCCCAGUUUACGAAGCGGAGGCCGGCCGAGACUCAACGAGGCCGAGGGAAACAUCUGAAGAUGUUGCUUCCACAGGGGCUGGACACGACUUGUCGGUUUUGAGGAAGACAAUCCAAGAUUACAUCGCAGCCUGAACGCAAUGCCACCCGAACACGUCAAACUGUGACACCACCCUUUGUGACUCCACCUUCAAUGUGUUUCUUCUGAUCGCCUCUCUCCCGCUGAAGCUUCCAUAUCUCAAAGCUCUCCAUUUUCUUCACAUCAGACAAAAGGAUGACAAACACCACACGCCAUCUCGUCAUCCACCUGCUGACGUACUCGCUCCAGGACGGGGAUGUGCAGAAUGUGGAGGAAGCCCAGAUGCGUCUCUCCGUCCUGGCUCAGAACAAAAAGCUGUGGAGUCAACAGAUGUACCUGGAUAUCGGAGCGAAGGCCAUUCAUCUCCGAGACAUACAGAGCCAGGACGAGCUGGAGAACUACACGUACAAAUCCAUCCUGCGCUGCAACGCCAUCAACACCGAAAAACACUUCCCAUCCCUCCUUCUGCUGGUGUGCCAGAGUGAAGAGCAGCCCAUGCCCGACAUUCACUUCUUUAACUGCGAGUCAGUGAAGGCCGAGCGGAUCUGUGACGACAUCGCCAACGCAGUUUCGGGUUCUUCCACCGGCAGGAUUAAGAAGCUCACCGAUGACCUCAGGCUUCCUCGGAGCGGGGGAGAGAUGGCGGACCCCUAUGGAGUCCCGAGCCCCCCCAUCCCUCACGCUCCAAAUCCACCACCGUCCAACCCCCCACCUUACCCUGGACACACAGCGACCAGCGGGCCUGAUAUCUCCUUCCUGCGAGCAGAGAGAGAAGUGGGGAUCCUCAACCACUGCUUCGAUGACAUCGAGAGCUUCAUGGGGAAGCUGCAGCAGACGGCGGAGGCCGCCACGGUGCUGAACCAGAGGAAGAAGAAAAAGAAGAGGAGUAAAAAGAUAAGUGCCGAAGAAGACAUGCUCACUGCAAAAGCCCGCCCUCCGCCAGAGGAGGAGUUCAUCGAUAUCUUCCAGAAGUUCAAAUAUUGCUUCAGCCUGUUGGCCCGUCUGAAGUCAACCAUCUCCAGUCCUUCAUCAGAGGAGCUCGUUCACCACGUCUUCAAACCUCUGAAUAUGAUGGUGAAAACCACCGGGGGGCCGGCCCUCGGAGCCUCCGUGGUCAGCCCCGCCCUCACCGGCUCGGCCGUCUACCUGCUCCAGGACCACCUGAGCGAGGACGAGAGGCAGCUGUGGACGUCUCUGGGUCCCAACUGGACGCUGCCGUGCUCCGAGCUCCCCGGCCCGGUCCCUCUCUACUCUCCGGUGUUUCUGGAUGGCUGGCAGCCGGCGGCCUCCAGGGCGGACGGGCCGGUUUGGGAGGAUCCGGUCGAGUCGCAGCACAAACACGACGCCCUGCAGCAGCAGAAGGCGGUCGGUCCUCCAGACGCUCCAGUCGGCGAUGAAACAGACGACGGCGCGCUGCCGCCAGAAUCUGAGAGAAUCUACAGCUGCACGUAUGACUUCAUCGCCAGGAACAGCAGCGAGCUCUCCGUGCAGCAAGGGGAGACACUCGAGGUGAUCGAGUCGUCCAAGCGCUGGUGGAAGUGUCGGAAUCGGUUCGACCAGAUCGGAUUUGUUCCCUUCAAUAUCCUGGAUCCCUUGGCCCACGUCGACAGCCCCGUCACCAACAGACCCCCCAAUACUCCAGCUCCACCUCCGCUCGCCAAGACUUUCUCUGCAGGCCCGUCCAGCUCGCCGGCUCCGUCCCCGGCGCCGGCCCACGCCCCCCAGCGCCCCCACAGCGGGCCGGCAUACGGCCAACACAUACCGGCUGCAGAGGACCAAGACAAUAAAGUGAUGCUGAUGAAUGACGAGCUGCUGCAGCGGCUGACCAACGGGAAGACCCCUCUGAACAGAGCGCUGGUCAUCCCGCGCUCCUCGGAGACCUCGCUGCCUCUGGACUUCCACUCUCCUCCGGACGAGGUGGCCGAGUGGCUCCAGGGGAAGGGCUUCAGUGAACCGACGGUGGCGUGUCUGGGAGUGCUGACAGGCGCCCAGCUCUUCUCCCUCAACAAAGAGGAGCUCCGCGCUGUGAUUCCAGACGAGGGCGCCAGGGUGUACAGCCAGCUCGCCGUCCAGAGAUCCCUGCUGGAGGACGCCAGAAGGGCCACAGAGUUGGAGGCGGUCAUGGAGAAGCAGAAGAUGAAGGUGGAUCUGAAGCUGGAGAGCAGCACGUUGUGAGCAGUCUUCAUCACCCAGAGUUUCAGAUGAAGGACUGUGUGUUAUUGUGGUCAUGCCGUCACGUUCCACUUCUGAAUUAUUAAUGCCAUUCACUAGAGACCAUCAUGGAUUCCUCCUACAACUCAAGCAUUUGUAACUUUCAUUGGACGCAGGCGUUGUGCAAAUUAAAAUUAAAUAUUUUCAAAGUUA